CCCCAACUCGUCCAGGUAGCGUCUCGGCGGCCGGCGCCGACUCGGCGGUUCUGGAGCGCUGGCUCAACGAGGCGUUGAAGGCCUUGGAUGGACGCUGGAGCGAUGUGGUGUCGCGGAGCUUCCUGCUGAGCUGUGACUGUGCUCAUGGACUUCACCCGAACUACAUGAGCAAGCACCAGGCGCAGCACCAGCCCAUCUUGGGGAAGGGCAUCGUCAUCAAGAGCAACAGCAACCAGAGAUAUGCCACGACGCCCAUCUUGGCACAGAUGCUUCGCAAAGUGGGCGAAGUCUCAAAGGUGCCACUGCAGGAGUUCGUGGUGCGCAACGAUUGCCCCUGCGGCUCCACCAUAGGCCCGCUGCUCUCAGCGCAGCUGGGCAUCCGCACGGUGGAUGUUGGUGCGCCGCAAUGGGCCAUGCACAGCUGCAGGGAAUCUGCACAUCAAGACGAUGUCCAAGCUCUGCGUGAUCUUUGCAAAGGCUUUUUCCAAAGCUUCCGCAGUGUGGAUUCCUCCACGAAAACGCUGUGACGCUGUGAGCCAAUUUUCCGACCUCGGUGAAGAAAAGUCAGAUGGCAGCUCCGGGGAAACAGGCGGAAAUAGGUAGCUGUGGUCCAGUGGUCCAAAGCCGCCAAAGCCGCCAAAGCCGCCAAAGCC